AUGUUUAUUGUUAUUCUAGAUAUUGAUGAGUGUCGACUGAACCCAUGUCAUGUAAAUGCUGAUUGUAGCAAUGAUGAAGGAAGUUAUACAUGUAUUUGCAAAGCUGGCUAUACGGGUGACGCCAAUAAUAGUUGCACAGGUAAUAAUUAGUAACGAUACUUUCUCAAAAUCGCUGCUCACUGAGGUGUAACCAGAUCACUCAUUCACUAAGUAACUAGAUUAGAUUUAAAAACAGAAAUUAAAUGCAACAAAAUUUUCAGAAUACCUUCCCAUACUAAAGCUAAAUUAUAGCAUCAAUAUUAUUUCGCCAGUUCUUCGUAUACUACUGCAUUCCUCAAAAAUAUAAAUCUGUUUUUACAUCUUCAAGUUUAAAAGUAUAGUUGAUACCGGAAGGAAUUGCAUGCAAUCAUUUCCCUACUAUUAGUUUUAGUGCAGUGUCUUCUUUAGGCAUGAUGAUGUAAGUUGUAACUCUGUGUCCCCCUGAGCAAAGCAGACAGGAAUAUCGAAUCGUUGGGUAUUGAAUCGGUAAUUAAUUCGCCCUAAUACUUCAUUAUUUUAUCCCAUAGAUAUUGAUGAAUGUCCAGACGGAUGUGUAGCAGAAAUAGCUACGUGUACAAAUGCGCCUGGUUCAUUCAGCUGUCAAUGUAUUCAGGGUUACCAGGGUGAUGGACACACUGCUUGUAGUGGUAAGAAUGUCAGCGUAAACCAUAUAUCAUUGUGUAAAUGAAUGUAUAAAGUGAAAACAAUCGAGUAUAAAACUUGUGUUUAGUGGAAUUAAUUUGACUAUUAAAUAAUUGACAAAGAGGCACUAACUAAACCUAUUGGUUCGCAAGUAGUAACAUGAAUGUGAGUCUGACAUGAAUCAGAUUGUAUUAUACAGGGUAUCUGGUAAAAAAUCUACGCGCGCUUUCUGUACAAGCUUCGCAGUUUUGCUUAUAUACUAAAUUGAAUAACAAACAUAUUAUAUCAUUCCAUUGACAUUUGGCAGUCAAAGUAACCAACUGUUUGCCUUUCAACUGUUUGGCGAUCUUAAUCGACGAAAUUGUCUCAACUCUAGAAAUUAGGUUAAGAGUAUAUUAAUAAUUUAAAAGUGUCUUUUUUUUUAAACAAAAUGGCCACCUGUUUGCUAAUGUCAAUAUUGCACGCGUUGUGGAAGUUAAUGUAAAUGAGACAGCAGCCCGGGAAAUGCUACGAAUUUGCUGUUUUGGGACAGAAAGUAUGGAAAACAGCAAAGUUACGGCAGUUCCUUCUCCCUGCGUGGGUUUCUGGGUCAAAUUCAUACUUUGGCCUUUUUCCUUCUAAGAUAUCAAUGAAUGUGUCGACUCGAAUAUCUGUCUACGUGGUACAUGUACAAACACUAAUGGUAGUUUCUCAUGUACCUGUAAUGAAGGUUAUAUGAAGCAGGGAAAUGCUUGUAUAGGUAAGGAUGUAUGUAUGUUAACAUAGCUACAUAGAAAAUAUUACCAACUCUGAAUACUUCUGCACUGAGUAUAUUCUUUGUUUGCAAUCACGUGACUUUUAAUCCAACGAGGGGCGAUCAAAAAACUUGUGGACGAUUUUUCUCCUAUCAGACUGGUUGUAUAAAGAAAAACAGAAUGGUAAUUCAUCUUUUGAAUCUCUCUGUCUCUAAACUGUCUCUAAACUCGAUCAAUACAUUAAAAUAGCCGUAUUUUGUUAUAGCUGCCUUCAACUGAAAUCCCAAAAUUACGUCAUUGCAAACAAAGAAUUAGGUAGCCGGCUUUUGUUACUUAAGAGGGCCUCUCAGUAAAAUCCACCCACUGGUUUGGGGAAGGGAAAAUAGAUUUAGCUCAUAUUUUGCCUAUGAACUAGACUUUGGUCAAUAUUAAUCGAGCUUCUUUCAGAACGUUUCAACUUUCUGUUUUAUAGGAGUUAUAGCCAUGUUGAAAUCAAUCUCGUUCCCCGAGCAUGCCCGUUCGCAGGUUAAGGGUGGGCAUAGCUCUGGAGAAAUCGAAUUGAUUCAGGCCUGUGAUUGGCUAACGGCAGACAGUACGUUGGAUUUCCAACGUGAGUUCUAUAUAAACAAAGUAUUUGGAAUUUCUCGUCGAAAAUUUGAUACUUUUUACACCGAAAUCGAUUGAAAACAACUAGAAAUUCUGGAGGAAAUAUGUACGAAAGCUGCGGAUUGAUUUCGAUACAACUACCUGAAAAAUACAAGGAGAACUUCGACGUUUCGAGCGAAGGCGCUUCGACUUGUGCUGUUUAUAGUGUUUGUAUACAUCGUACUUGACCUUUUAUAUACUGACAUACUGUCAUACCUAACACUAUGUAUACCAUAAAUUCUGACAGGAGAGUUACAUGUAAAUUUUAAAGCAUAAAAAUAUAGUGAAUACUUAUUCUUGAGGAGAUUAUAUUUAUCAGCAAAGGUCAAGUACGAUGUAUACGAACACUACAAUACAUGUCGAAGCGCCUUCGCACGAAAUGUUGAAGUUCUCCUUGUACUUUUCAGGUAGUUGUAUCCCUAUCAAUCCGAAGCUUUCCCCCAGAAUUUUUAGUUGUUUUCAAUUCGAUUUCAGUGUAAAAAGUAUCAAAUUUUCGACGAGAAAUUCUAAAUACUUUGUUUAUAUUUUGCAACAAUUGCCGAGCAUGCGUAGAACUCACGUUGGAAAUCCAACGUGAAUCAAUUCGAUUUCUCCAGAGCUAUGCCCACCCUUAACCUGCGAACGGGCAUGCUCGGGGAACGAGAUUGUGUUGAAAUUUGACCUUGCGAGAAUAUUUUCAGACCGGAAAUGAAGGGGAAUUUUACACGAAUUCAUCUGAUUUUUUAAAAACGUUGUGAUGCGUUUAUCCCUUCCAGUUACUGUUCACAUGCAAGAUUAACACUAAUACUCUCGUUUACAUGGAGAUUGAACAACUUUAUUUGCUUAAUACGAUUUUUUUAUAGUUUUACGAAACUAUGUUUUCAAGAUGGCGACGAGUGGCCGAAAAUUGCUCAUAUUUUAUUUAAAAUAGCUCAAAAGUGGCACCUAUCUGAAGUUCAACAGGCAUGUAAUUUGAAAGUAUACCUACUAAAGUUAAGUAAUCAGGAAUAAAACUCGUCUGCAAGCAAUUUUCUGAAAAGUUAUAAAUCUCCAAAUUGGGUCUAUUUUUAGCUGUUUGUUUACAUUCGCGUGUUCGCUGAUCAGCGACACUAGUAAUAAUUAAAAAGUUAAAUAAGCUGGUUUAUUAUCCAGGUUCUAAUUAACAACAUAAAAAACAUUAAAAAUACAACCUUAAACAUUCUUGGCUUAUUCGCAUGAAUAAUUUCACAACCGUUAAUUAAAUAUCUUUUCAAGGUAUAAUCGGGCAGUACUUUCUGUGCUUGUAGCAAAUUUCAAAGCUGUCAGUAUCUCUGGCUGUAUAUAAAAAGUGUUCGGUGCUUUAACUUAUUUAUUCAACUCGUCUCGUAAUCUUUUUCUGUCCUUGUAAAUGGAAAUUUUGCCGGAAAGGUCGGACAUUAAUUCGUGCAGCAUGGAUGCAACAUAUUUUUGUACAUAAUUGCAGUCAAAAUACUACAACCUUCCCACUUCCGCUUUUGUAGUCUGUUGUCAUUUUGUUAUUUUGUUUUGACUUUUGCAUUAUUGCAGCGGUUGCCGAAUUAUGGAGAAAUAUGGCGAUAAAAUUUAGUUGUUUCUUUAUUUUUGUAAUAUUUUAAAUAAUUGUAACAAAGGAUGCAUUUUUCGUUUGAUUCACUGCAUAUGAACACAUAAAAGUUUUGAAAUUUAACUUAUGUCGUCGUAUUUCCCUAUAAUUUGUUAACCGCUACAAUAACAGAAAUACUGCAGUAACAGACAGAGAUUUUCAAAAAAAUAGUUUUUAAAAAAGUUUUAAAAGAGUUUUAAAAAGCAAAAAAGUUUAAAAAGUUAGAUUUUUAAAAAAGUUAAAAAAAUUUAAAACGGUUAAUUAAAAAAGUUAGGGUUAGUAGUUAGGGAUUACUGGUUAGGAGUUAGGGGAUUAGUGGUUAGGGGUUAGUGCAUGCCGCGAAUUUAUUAUUAUGAUAAAUUCAAAAUGUGCUGCGAAUUCAUCAUAAUGAUAAUUUCGGACGUGUUUAAGAAUUUACUCGUAUAGUAAAUUCAAAGGUGGAGCUCAUGCUGAACUGCAACACUAGCUUGCCAGUUAUUUUUUAUAGCAGCUCCUAUUUUUACUUUGUGCAUGCUUGAGUCAUGGAAAAGAACUGUUCUUUUGCUGGCCUGGGGAAUUUUGCAUGUGGAGAAAGCCGGGGAAUACAGAAAGUUGCACAAAUUGGGGAGUGUAUGCAGACAUUUGUACUCACCCCAGCAGUUGUCACCUCACGAAGCUUACCAUCAACGAGAGUGAACUUAUACUUGCCAGAGCAGGGCACUUUUACCUACCCAGGAACAGCUGACAAACAUGACUAUCCAGUCUGUUAUUAGAUCAGUAUCAUUUUCAAUUGGGUCUAUCCUGUCAAUAUGAGAUCAGUGGAUAGACUUAUAUAACUAUGAAGCCGGUAGACAAAUUUGGGUAACGUUGUUUACAUCGUUGCUACCCAAUUCACAGCUUUGGAUAACUCACAUGCCUAUAUAUAGUUACUAUUAUUCUAGUUUACGGAGGCAUAGACUGAAUAGAACAAAAGUAACUAAACAUUAAACUUAUGUAUUAUCACUUUAUAUUUACUGAGAUCGAGGGAAACUGUGUGUUUUGUGGACCAGAGCCACUUAUAGAUAGUAUAUAAGUGUUAAAGACUAAAGUAUGAAUAAUUCACCGAUUAUUGGAGUGAACUUAAUUUGAAACCAAAACUGGAUAAAUGGAACGCCGUAAAUAAAAAGUUUAAAAAAUGAACAUUGAAACUUCGCGGUUGACACACAUGCGUAUUGCACCCAUUUUAUUAUUGACUGGUCAAUAAAUGUUUCAUUGCAGACCGGUUGCCGAACAUGAGGUUUUGUGGACCGGCACGUGACACGGUUUUGACAAUCGGCAAAUAGAAAAAUUGAACUUUGACACUAACUAACAAUAAGAGUUAUAAGACUAUAUAACAAUAAGAGUUAGUUACUUUGUUCUAUUUUAUGCUUUUGUAAUAUAGAACCAUAGUAACUAGGCAUGUGUGUUAUAUAAAGUUGUGAAUUGGGUAUAAACAAACGUUACCCAAAUUUGUCUAAUCGAGCUAGAUUUUGGUCAGUACACGCAUUUUCAUAAAAAUAGCAACCCUUCGGCUGAACAGGAUUCUGAUUAUCAUAUUGAGCGACAUCAAAAUCAUGGGAGUUUCUGCAAAGUGCAUUAAACCGAUAUUACCUGUAACACUAUUGCAUGACCUAAACAUCGCACAGAGACACUUAUGUAAGUUUUCUACUCACAUUGGUCGUUCAGACAUGCACCUCCCGCCGUGGGAGCGGCAGUCAAGGUCAUAAACAGGAGAUUAUGGUAUUGUGUCAAUGUAUUGACGAAGUUCUUAUUAUAUUACCAAUAUAUUAUUUAAUAACAUUAAAAGAUAUCAGGGUCGUAGACACCAGCAGAAUCGUUGUAACUGUAGCCUACUACUGUAUGUGUAUAUUGAAAGUGUAUAAUUAGUGCAAGUGUAAGUUAAGUAUAAAUGUAAAGCAAUUUGAAUUCAAGAAUUUCUGUACACGAUCGCUUGUAUAUAUUGUAAUUAUAUUUUCACAAAAUUGUAUAUAUUCUUUUGAACAAGCUAAAAAAGUUUACUCAUGGGUAAUAAAUCAGCUUAUUUUAACUCUUCAAUUACUAGUGUCGCUUAUCAGCGAACACGCGAAUGUAAACAAACAGCUAAAAAUAGACCCAAUUUGGAGAUUUAUAAUUAACUUUUCAGAAAAUUGCUUGCAGACGAGUUUUAUUCCUGAUUACUUAACUUUAGUAGGUAUACUUUCAAAUUACAUGCCUUUUGAACUUCAGAUAGGUGCCACUUUUGAGCUAUUUUAAAUAAAAUAUGAGCAAUUUUCGGCCACUCGUCGCCAUCUUGAAAACAUAGUUUCGUAAAACUAUAAAAAAAUCGUAUUAAGCAAAUAAAGUUGUUCAAUCUCCAUGUAGACGAGAGUAUUAGUGUUAUUCUUGCAUGUGAACAGUAACUAGAGGGGAUAAACGCAUCACAACGUUUUUAAAAAAUCAGAUGAAUUCUUGUAAAAUUCCCCUUCAUUUCCGGUCUGAAAAUAUUCUCGCAAGGUCAAAUUUUAACAUGGCUAUAACUCCUAUAAAACAGAAAGUUGAAACGUUCUGAAAGAAGCUCGAUUAAUAUUGACCACAGUCUAGUUCAUAUGCAAAAUAUGAGCUAAAUCUAUUUUCCCUUCCCCAAACCAGUGAGUGGAUUUUACUGAGAGGCCCUCUUAAGCGCUUCGCCUCCGGCAAAGUAUAUAGGCAUCGAUGAUUCCUCUGAAGAAGAUUCCGAUGAAGUCUGUCUAACGAACUCCUUGCUCCUUCUAAUUCUUCAAGUCAUUUUUGGCGUGUCUGGUCCAGCUGUUUCGCGGUCGACCUCUACUUCUCUCUCCCUGCGGAUUCUUGUCUGAGGAAUAGGUAGCCCGACAAGCAAGUCGGUUUAUCUGGGUAGGUAACAGAAUCAUGCAGUUGCAAUUGUUAACUAUGCCGAUCAUAGUGACGGGACAUGAAACAUCAAAAAGUAUGAUGCAGAUAGAGUGCAAGUCUUUGAAAAACUCACGAGUGUAUGUUUUUUUAAUUCCAAAUUGCACGAAAAAUCAUACUUUUACUUAUUACUAUUGUAAUUAUAAGAAAAUUAUGCAGAAGCAAAUUUGUAAUCACUGGCAUGCAUUGAAACUCAAACGAAAAAAUCAUUCACUCACUCACUUGAAUGGCAGAAAAUUUAAUAAAGUUUUCAACUGGCAAAAGUCAGGGCCCGGUUGUAUAAAAAAGUGAUUAAAGUUAAUCAUACUUAAGUGGAAAUGUCAUCCAAUAAGAAGCGGCUAUUUGAGAGAUAAUCACUAUUUAACUACAAAAUAGUGAUUGAAAAAGUGAUUAAGAGUUUUAUACAACCGGUAAUUCAAAAUGUCUGUUAUUUAGAUGCUUAAUUCCACGUAAUACUUUUUUGUAUCUGAAAUUUUUUUGGUACUAUAUAUUUCAUAAUGAAGUAAUACUUUUGAUGAUCGUUUAUAGCCACUUAUGAUCGUUUAUAGGUGCUAACUAUGCGCUGCUAAGGCCCGUUUCGAUCGUCGCGCUUCUCAUGUGCCGAACGCAUUAGAAACAAUAGAUAACGAGGCAUUUCAGCUGAUUAUCUUUUGUUUUUAAUGCGUUCGACACAUGAGAAGCGCGACGUGUGAAACAGGCCUAUAUAGUUUCGCAUUAGAUUUUUCGUAACACGUACGUCAUGGUGGCGUAAUUGUUUUUUCCAUCUUUCUCCAUUUUUGGUGGCAAAUGUUUAAAAUGAAUGAAAACAUACAUGUUAUAAAUUGAUCGUCACAUUUACUCGAUAGAGUUUCAAAUGAUCACUUUCAUUCGACUUACUUAAUAUUAAUGACAAAAGCCAUUUUCAGGCGAAUUCAAACAAUGCUUUCCUCUGCUGUCCGUAGUUCCCGCUAAUGCCAGACGCAAUAUUCCCUGAAAUGACGUAAGAACACCUGUAUUGACGCCACGGGUUAAGGAUAAAGAUAUAUAGAUUAAAAUUUUGAACAUGGCACCAUUUUGAAAUAAGUAGUAAUUACGUGACUGAUUACGUGAUUAUAAAUAAUUUGAUUAAUGCCCAACAUCUUUUGUAAAAGCAGAAAUCUUUAUAUUGUAUUCGUUAUCAAGUUUCGUCAGGAAUGAAUGAGUUUGUUUAAUUAAUUUAAAUUUUGCACACUUAUAACUUUGAGUGAAUAGACCAUUUAAAAGAAGAGAUACCCUUUGCCAUGCCAUUGGCUACUCAAUAAACAAAACAAAAAAAUCAUUAAUCGCAUUGUAGAUAUUGAUGAGUGCGCCGAACAUUCUGAACUAUGUCAUAUCAACGGCACGUGUUCAAAUUCGGAAGGUUCAUAUGUUUGUCAAUGUAAAUCGGGCUUCACUGGAAACGGUAAAGUCUGCACAGGUUAGUACAAUCAAAUGUUGAAAUAGAAAUGAACCCAGGGGUUAAUUUGCCCCAGUGGUUGCUGUCUUGCUAUAUAUUCUGGAGUGGUUUCAGGGGGUUUGCCCAGAAUUUCCCUCCCAUCCCGUUUUCUUUCUUUCUCUUUUUCUAUUUUUCCUUCUACUUCACUCCUGUUUUUCCGUAUUAUUACCACUCCUGUUUUUCCGUAUUAUUACCUUUUUUUAGGAUGCAUUUUAUUUAUGACAACCCUGACUACAUAAGGUCUUGUUCAAAUGAUAAUUGUACACAUCCAUACAUCCCCCCCCCAUACAUAUUAGAACGCAUCAAAGUGCCAAAGAAAACAAUACCUGAAUGAUUGAUCAGUUUCACUGCGCAUUUGUUAUGGUGCCAUACAUGUAUUAUCUUGAAACCUGGAGCCUGUUGUUCAUUAAAGUAGAAAACAUAGAUAAAUUAGAGUGACGACUAGCGAAAUAGUUAAAAUGUUUAUGCGACAGGCAAUUGUAGGUCUAUUAGCCGGUAGUGCAAGGAAAAGCACUUGGCAUGGUUGGAUUGCAAAAUGAUAACAUUAAGUUUUAGAGAUGACCUUCCGUGAGAUUUCAUGUUUUUGUCAAAUUAAAAUUAUGACCAUUCCAUUAUUCUAUUUAUAAUCUGUUAAGAUAUGAUGGUCUGGAAGGUCGGAAAACCUCAAUGCUACAAAAUUGAUCGAAGGCCUUUGUUUGAAGUUGAACUGUAUCGUACAGUGCACAAAUCCUUUGUCUCAACUUCAUUGAAUGUUAUUCAUCGUGCUUGAUCGAUAUCCAUAUUGGGCGGUAGCUAUCCAUAUUGGGCGGUUACUUUAUUAUAUGAAAUACAAUGAGCUCAAUGACUUCCAAUAAUCCAAUAACUUCUGUUUAGUUUCCAGACCAUCAUAUCUUGAUAGACUUACUUAAUAUUACUGACAUUACAUCGACUUACUUAAUAUUAAUGACAAAAGCCAUUUUCAGGCGAAUUCAAACAAUGCUUUCCUCUGCUGUCCGUAGUUCCCGCUAAUGCCAGACGCAAUAUUCCCUGAAAUGACGUAAGAACACCUGUAUUGACGCCAUGGGUUAAGAAUAAAGAUAUGUAGAUUAAAAUUUUGAACAUGGCACCAUUUUGAAAUAAGUAGUAAUUACGUGACUGAUCACGUGAUUAUAAAUAAUUUGAUCAAUGCCCAACAUCUUUUGUAAAAGCAGAAAUCUUUAUAUUGUAUUCGUUAUCAAGUUUCGUCAGGAAUGAAUGAGUUUGUUUAAUUAAUUUAUAUUUUGCACACUUAUAACUUUGAGUGAAUAGACCAUUUAAAAGAAGAGAUACCCUUUGCCAUGCCAUUGGCUACUCAAUAAACAAAACAAAAAAAUCAUUAAUCGCAUUGUAGAUAUUGAUGAGUGCGCCGAACAUUCUGAACUAUGUCAUAUCAACGGCACGUGUUCAAAUUCGGAAGGUUCAUAUGUUUGCCAAUGUAAAUCGGGCUUCACUGGAAAUGGUAAAGUCUGCACAGGUUAGUACAAUCAAAUGUUGAAAUAGAAAUGAACCCAGGGGUUAAUUUGCCCCAGUGGUUACUGUCUUGCUAUAUAUUCUGGAGUGGUUUGAGGGGGUUUGCCCAGAAUUUCCCUCCCAUCCCGUUUUCUUUCUUUCUCUUUUUCUGUUUUUUCUUCUGCUUCACUCCUGUUUUUCCGUAUUAUUACCACUCCUGUUUUUCCGUAUUAUUACCUUUUUUUAGGAUGCAUUUUAUUUAUGACAACCCUGACUACAUAAGGUCUUGUUCAAAUGAUAAUUGUACACAUCCAUACAUCCCCCCCCCAUACAUAUUAGAACGCAUCAAAGUGCCAAAGAAAACAAUACCUGAAUGAUUGAUCAGUUUCACUGCGCAUUUGUUAUGGUGCCAUACAUGUAUUAUCUUGAAACCUGGAGCCUGUUGUUCAUUAAAGUAGAAAACAUAGAUAAAUUAGAGUGACGACUUGCAAAAUAGUUAAAAUGUUUAUGCGACAGGCAAUUGUAGGUCUAUUAGCCGGUAGUGCAAGGAAAAGCACUUGGCAUGGUUGGAUUGCAAAAUGAUAACAUUAAGUUUUAGAGAUGACCUUCCGUGAGAUUUCAUGUUUUUGUCAAAUUAAAAUUAUGACCAUUCCAUUAUUCUAUUUAUAAUCUGUUAAGAUAUGAUGGUCUGGGAGGUCGGAAAACCUCAAUGCUACAAAAUUGAUCGAAGGCCUUUGUUUGAAGUUGAACUGUAUCGUACAGUGCACAAAUCCUUUGUCUCAACUUCAUUGAAUGUUAUUCAUCGUGCUUGAUCGAUAUCCAUAUUGGGCGGUAGCUAUCCAUAUUGGGCGGUUACUUUAUUAUAUGAAAUACAAUGAGCUCAAUGACUUCCAAUAAUCCAAUAACUUCUGUUUAGUUUCCAGACCAUCAUAUCUUGAUAGACUAUGUUCCAUGUUAGUUUUGCACUACAACAUUUAUUGCACUACAAAACCGUUUGUGAAACAUUGGUCUAUCUUUGUUUAGAUAUCAUGGAAUGUAGGGCCAACAAUCCUUGCCAUGCCGAUGCAACUUGUAACGAGGAACUUGGUAGUUUUACAUGUGUUUGCAAGCCUGGUUUCACUGGCGAUGGAUUGAACUGCGCAAGUAAUUGUCACGUAUUUUUAUUCAUAGUUCGAAAAACUAUUGGCCUGACAAAUUUGCCGGAUCAAAUUUAUUAUGUCUUUGCAAUAUCUAUUUUUGAACCGACAAGAUUGUCCUGCGCGAAACAAUAUGUAUGAAUUGAAACAAUAGCUAUGUAGAAUUCCGCCUGCCAUUUUAUUUUUGAUAUCAAAAUUAUAUUCACCAGCUAUUUCUAAAAUAUGGUCUGCCUUUAAUUUGGCCACUGGCAGGCAGUGCAUUAAACGUAAGGUCAAGGUGAUGUGAGAUUGAUAACACUUACCACUCGAGGCGAUGCGAGAUUGAUAACACUUACCAAGACCUUGAUAAUUCAGGAUACCCGACAAAAAAUCGAACUCAAUAACUGUUUUAUUAUAGGCCUACAUCUCAUUUUCACCCAUAACUCUUUCGAUAAACAAUGAUUUGUCGCACAAAAAAAAGUUUGGUCCUCAAAAACCCCAGUGAAAACGAUUUAAAAUAUCACAUAACAGGUUAAAAAUAAUAGAAAACUCAUUUCCCUAAUGGAGUUUCGAUAAAAAUGUCAAAAAGUUUGCUUUUUGCACAAAAAUAUUCGCAAGAACGCUGUUCGUUGACAUGCAUGUUGUUUUUCUUGUUUUUAUUCGUGUGUUUAAAACUGCCGCUUGCUAUAAAAUUUCAUACCGCUGGUUCAUCCUACGCAUAACUGAGUUAUCUGCUAGCAGUCAAUCAGACUGAGACACAUACUGCAGUGACUAUAUAAUGUAUACCUAGAAAAUACAUGCAUGCAGAAACCCUCGCCUUGCUGAAUUCCAAACAUGAAGUAUUGUCAUGGUAUUAACACGAUAAUUUUAAGAAUAGUUUUUAAAUAAAAAAUAUCCCCCCAAAAUAUCACUUUUAAUUACAAAAUGAGCAAUUUCCCAAACAUAUAUAUAUAUAUAUAUAUAUAUAUAUAUAUAUAUAUAUAUAUAUAUAUAUAUAUAUAUAUAUAUAUAUAUAUAUAUAUAUAUAUAUAUAUAUAUAUAUAUAUAUAUAUAUGCUAGGCAGUGCUAGGUAUGUUAUUAUACGUAAUAUAAGCUUCAAUUUGAUGUGAAAUUCAACCGUAAACGCUUCGCAAAACGUUUUAAAAUGACCUUAGAACUAAAAGCAAACUAUACAUCAAAUUAAAAAACAAAUGUAGCUUCAUUAACACCGCGACUUUGCUCGAUUCUUUUAGCGUUUUCAGACGACGGUUUUUGGCUCGCCAAAAGGUUUUGAAAUUUGAAAAUCUUGCAAAAACCGGGGCAAAAAACACAAUAUAUUUGCUGAUUUUCGAGAAAUGUUUGUCAUUUCGCUGUCGUCAUUCGUCAUACAACAACAAAUUUUAAAUUUGACCAAUCAGUGUUCGCUAUUCAUGACAGUCCGCCAAAUGUUUGAGAUCAGUGAGGAUCACCACCCACCGAAACUUCGUUGGUGAGCCACGUCCACGAUAAUUGAUGAACUUUAUACUUCGCUAAUGCUUUCGUUUCCCCGGGUGUAAAUAGCCGGACGGAAUUAGUACCCUCGCUCCGGGCUUACGCUCGGGGACAAGAACAUUUAUAAGAAGGCUAUUGGCGUAGCAUCCUCUGCAGGAAUCUCUUGCUUUCGAGACGCCUCGGGCAAAAAAAAUAGAUAGUUGAUUUCGGGUUUCAUCGCUAUGUUUUAUCCAGGUUAGAAAUAUUUUUUAAAUUUUUGUGCUUAUAAAUACUGAAAUUACGGGAACCACUGAGUAUUUUGAUAAAAUACAAAACAAUAGAUACUCCGAAAAUUGAAAGCAUUUUGAUUUUUCGGAGUAUCUAUUGUUUUGUAUUUUAUAAAUACUGUACAUGCAUCAAUGCAUGAAAACAAAAUUAUAGACAAAUACAGACAAACUCAUAUAUAUCCAAGUUUAAAACUAUUAUUAACACGACUAUACAUCGUCAAGAGAGACGAAAUGAUAAACUGCAGCCAUUUUUCGACUGAAAAAUUAUCUUUCGACUUGAUGUUUGUAUUUUGCUGUAUUUGUUUGUAUUUUGCUUUUGUAUAAGUUCGGCUUUGAAAGCUUUGAAGUACAUCUCACCAUUGAACAUGCUAAAUGGAAACAUGCACCAAAUGCAAAAUUUUCCCAUUGUUAUUACUGUUAUCUUAAGACUGGUUUCCAUAUGGUCGUAACGAUCGUAAAGAUCGAGUCGCGAUCUUUCAGCCGAAAUACAACAUUUUAGAACUGAAAAUACGCGGCGCGAUUAUAACUAGAGAAUACUCAUGAUUGAUAUGUGGUUUACAGGUAUAAUAAAAAUAUUAUAAACUGGCCGUUGAGAAAGAUCGUGACUCUAUUUUCACGACCAUUACCACCAUAAUUGGAAACCAGGCUAUACUGUUGCUGACGAUUUUCGUGAAAAAUGCAAACUAUUCAUCGCUUUUAUAUUUGAUGUAGAUAUCGAUGAAUGUAAUCAGACAGGCAUUUGUCAUGCUAAUGCGGUUUGUCAAGAUUUGCAUGGAACACAUCAUUGUAAUUGCAAGUCCGGUUUUAUUGGAGACGGGAAGACCUGCACAGGUACCAGUAACUAAUAACAGUUAUGUAGAAGUGUAUGCAACCAAUUCAAUUCAAUUAAAGUUGUCUUUUCAAAGUCAAAAUCCUGGAACUCUAAGAGCGAAAAGCACGAUGGAUUUGCAAACAAUCACUGUAAUUCAGACUUCCAACACUCCUUAGUUACGGUUUCGACGUCCCAAAAGCCGUGUUGGUUUUGCGUGAAAAUGCCAUGGCCAUUUGUAAUGUACGAAAUCCAGUGAUUUUCUCUUUCUCGUAUUUUAUUCUCCCGUCUAACGCAAUUCAGUAGCAAACCCGGCAGAAUUCCUGGGAUAUUUCUUUUUUUUAACCUUGAAGCAUGUUGUUUGUGAGCAUGCUUUGGGAAUUUAUAAUAAAUUCACUUGAUUGAUUGUCAUAAAUGCUAGACAAAUACUUAAAUUAUAGCAAUUUAAAUUAUAGCAUAACGACUAAUCGACUAUAAAUUUAAAUUAUAGCAUAACGACAAUCUCAUAAUAAUACCCAUGCACAUCGUGCUUUUCGCGCUUAGAGAUCGAGCUGGUCGAAAGUUUUAACCUUCGGAGAACAUCCUUCGUUGAAUUAGCUGUAUUCAUCCUCUAUAAUCGAGUUGAAACGUAAGUUUGAACUCGAGUUGGGAAUAAAUGUAAUAAAGCUAUACACAAAAUAAAAACCAAAUCUUGAAACUGAGAAGCGAAGUUGGAAAGCAUGGAUGGAAGAUGCGGAUAGUAGGCUGCACCAUAGAGUUAGUAAGCCUGUUACUGUUGGUCAACGGUAUAGGGGAUUUACUGAGGUUGCAUGGUGUUUGUUGUGUCCUGUGCUUUGGGUCCUCACGUUUUCCUCCCAUUCCAAAAACUAAUCCUUACAGUAGGCUUUAGUUGUCUAGCAUGCAUACCAUGUAGUCAGCAGAGCCAUAUUCUGUCAUGUUUUAGGUUAUGGGUAAAUAAUUAUCUAAUAAAUGUACAUAAAUUUCCAAUCGGUAACAAGACCUUUUAAAGGAAUACCGAAUGGUUUUUCGUGCAGGAUUGCAUGAUCCAUGCACGCGGGAUGUUGCGAGACUUUCGGAAAGCGUAAAAAACACGAGCCGUAGGCGAGUGUAUUUUUACGCUUUCCGAAAGUCGAGCAACAUCCCAAGUGCAUGGAUCAUGCUAUCCUGCAUGGGAAAACCAUUUGGUAAUUGUUUUAUAAAAUUACUACAGUGAAACGACGCUUAACGUGAUUAAAAUUACUGAUGAAAUGUGCAGUUCUCACAACAUUCCUGAAUUAACCAAUCAGAGAAUCGCUACUCCACGCUAUUGAAAACAACAACAAAUGUGAACAGAAUUUGAUCGCAAAUUCGCGAAAAUAUACAGCGAAAAUACAGGGACUUUUUCGAUAAGAUAUACGAAAUUUGAAAUAGAAAAUCCGCUAAACAGAGAGCCAAAGUAAUAUUGAAGAUUCUCCAGCUGAAUAUGUGAAGAUUGCGAAGCGUUUGAUCAACUUUGAAACGAGAGAUGUUGUACUUACAUGCCAUGGUCUGAUGAAUUUCAACGCUAUACGCGUUGCUACUUGCUGAAUAGCAAUGUAUCGAUCAGAAAUGUAUUCAUACAACUAAACCAACGUCUCAAUAAUUGGAAACUUACUUCAAAGUCGAAAGGUAUCGUACAAUGAAACUUUACAAUGCGAGUAUAUUUAUAAAAUUAUGUGCAAGAAUUUCUGUUCAGAAUUUCCCGUGCAGGAUUGUCUGAUCCUGCAUGGCUGUUGACCAAUCAAAUUGCGUGUUUCACUGUAGUUAUUAUAUAAUAAAUAUUACUGAAUCGAAUGAGAUGCCAAAAAAUCUCGAUAAUUAAGAAUAGGCGUUUUUAUAGGCGUUUCCAAUAUUAAUGUUGCACUACCUGUCAAUCAGUGACUCUCCACCAAUGGGAACAUUGCGUUGCUUAGACUACGCAAAAAUACAAUAUUGUAUAGUAUUCUUGUUGGUCGUAUUUAUAUCUUCAACACGUAAGCUCCGCUGUCUAGCGUAUCAUGCUGCCUUCUCAACCGCCCCAGCUGAACCAUGGGAAGGUCACACAAACAUUGCAGGGCCUGCGGAAUAUUGAAAAAAAAAAUGGAAUGAUAAAUUUUGACAAUUAACUAGCGAUCAUUUCGGUCUAUCGAUCAUUUCGGCAAAAUUGUUUCUAGUUGGUCUUUUGCAUUUUUUCUUAGCAACCAUGAAGAUUUUCUGUCAAUUUAUUUUAUCUUUUUAAGUUUUCAAAUAAACCGAUAAAAAGUUUUAAUUAUGCUAACAAAUAGUGGCAUUAGGCAAGGGGAGCGAAGGGGGUUGCUGACCCAAUGAUCUGCCAAACUGUUUUUGUGAAAAGUUGCGAUCGGGACAAUGUUUGGUAUAACGAUAAAUGUAAGUCUUCUGUUGUGCCUGACUCAUUGAUAACAACUGAUAUACCCCGUAAUUUGAGAGUAUUGGAUAAUCCAGGGUAUGAUUCGUAUAUAGCUACCAAUGAAGGCCUAAGCGUCGGGAUAGGUUGAUUUUGUAAGCGUUAUGGGACAGCAAACGAUGACCAACUUCAAACUUGUUGACGUAAAAGAAGCAAAUAUUAAUAACUUACUGACCGACAGUUCGGGCAGUACGGGAAAAUAUCCAACCGAGGACUUACUGUAUUGACCAAGCGAUAGCGAAGUCAAUACAGCAAGACCGAGGGUGGAUAUUUUCCGGUACUGCCCGAAUAGUUGAGGUCAGUAAGGUUUUUUAUUAUAUGGCUUUUCAAAAUUCUCUAUUCUGAUUGGUUGACAAGCGGUCCGUAAAAACCCAUAUCCGGACCGUGGUCCGUAUUUUCCGUAUCUGGACCGGUGUCCCGGAUGUUGUUUAUCUAGCGGGAAAUUUUUGCUUUGCAAACAGAAAAAAAUUUUGCUUUUUAAUUUUCCAAUUUUGUGUCAUUAAAAUUUACAGAUAAAAAUUUCAAACAACCAAAUUGUUUUUGAUUGAGCAUGCAUGCCUACUGUAUAUUGUUACCCAGUGAAACUGACGAUAGCCGAUUUAAUUCGCGCGAAAAGCAUAUGCUGGCAGACUCAGUUCAGCCAUAUAAUAAACCGAUUAUUGACCUCGCUUGUUCUGUCUGUACUGUGAAAUAUCAGACCUCUGUUUUUUGCAUGAACCUCGCUCCUUCGUCGCUCGGUCCAUACUGAAAAACUCCGGUCUGAUAUUUCACAGUACAGACCUCACGCUCGGUCAAUAAGCCGUUAUUAUUAUAUGGCAUUGUGCGUUUGUAAAAAAUGGGAAAAAAGGUCACGCGAGGGCAAAGUACAAAGUCGAAACUUUUGAAAAAAAAAUUGUAAAAUGUUCUCUUGGUUAGUAAAACCACUCUACAGCACUUUUUGUAGAAUACUAACACAGUUUGGAUAGGUAUAUAGGUAUAGGGAGGUAUUUCGUCAUUUAAUCAAAGACAACAAAUACGAAAACUAUAAAAUUAAUAAACAGCAUCGACAAGGACGUUUUAGUUUGCUUCCUCUUAUAUUUAUGUCUCUUUUUAUCUAACAAAAACAGACAUUUUCAGGGAAAAAUUAUAAAUCUGUGACUACUGCUUUAGUUGUAUUUUUUAUGUAAUAGAUCGUGUCAGAUUCUUCCUGGCCAUCUGCAAAUAUAAUUUGCAGCUCUUCACAUAGCUAUAGGCAAAACACAACUAUUCUUGAUUGCUUUAAUAUUUAAACACCGAUUGUAAAAUUUACCAUGUAACUUCGACUUUCGCUAACAAAACCGUGUUGAAAAAGUUCUUUAGCCAGAAUAGUUGCUGCUUUCCACAAUUUUAGGUCUAUUUUCCUUCGUUUUGAAUAGUUUGAAAGACUUUUACACACUUUUUGCCGUUUGAAACUCGGCUCUCGUCGCAGCUUCGUAGGGUAAUAAAAAUUGCGUAUUGCCCGUGGGCAAUACGGGAAAAUUCUGCCUCGUCAGCAGCCAAUCAAAUUGCGCGAGUCAUCAAAACAAAUGCUGGCAAUAUAAUAAUAUACUUUAUCACUCAUUUUUUCUAUUUACUGUCAUCUGUUUCACCCGAUAGUGCUAAGUAAAAGCCACCUACUUUCCCAUCUUCCGUUUACGUUUAGCAUUUACAGAUAUUGAAAUGGACGUAGAGUACAAUGGAUACGCUGGUGACAUGUUCGAGAUAACAUGUAAUGUUACUGGACCAUCUCUUCCGAGCUUUGAGUGGAGGAAAAACAACACGAUUUUGUCCUUAUCAACAAGAGUAAAAAUUGAAAACAACGAUCAAGUUUCAAAGCUUUCUGUCCGUAAAGCUGUAAAAUCGGACUCUGGCGAUUAUUAUUGUAUAGCCAGGUAAGCGCGUUCGAGAAUAAUUUGUUCAUGCAUGAACUAGGUCGAUCCGUUGAUAGAAUUACUUCGGAUUGUUCUUGUAUUACAUCUCAUUUCGCUCAAGGUAGGGCACUCCAUCCUCUCGUUCUUGGCCCAAUAUUACAUUACGACAUGAUUCCACAGAGUAAAAACUGCAGUGUUUGGUGAAGUUAAACCAGAAGCAUUCUUCUUUUCAUGUGCGGUUGAGACAAAGUUCUAUUUAGACAAGUAUACAUAUUGCAGGAAUCCAAAACUGGUGAUAAAGCUAGAAGACACACGAACAAACCAUUGUGUCACCGAACUCCUCAAACUCGCGUGCUAAGCUUCUUUGACCGCGAUUUCGUAAAGUUUCUUAUGGUGUUUAUGAUAUCUAUUUAUUUUAGUAAGGGGGAAGAUACGAUCACCAGUAAUCUAUCUGUAGAAGUCAAAGUUAUUCCAAUUGUCGAAGUUUCACCGUUAUAUGUUGCUGCUACUGAAGGUAAUUCAUACAUCUCUAGCGAGACUACUCUGCACUGGCUCAUCCUCUUGAAAACUCGCCAAAGAAGGUUUUACUAAUUCCAUAGAAAGAUUGAACACAAGCUUAUAUCAGUUAUAUGUCGGUUGCAACCCAAUGCAUAACAUAAGUCGGUGGAUGGUAUACUUCAGUAACAUUAUAGACAGAUUGUUGUGUAGUGCAAAUGCGGCCAAGUUGUUACUGCGAGUUUAAAAAAAAUUAUUAAGCUUUCGUCGUUCAACGACUUUUUCAGAAUAAAAUAUACAUAAAUACCCCCCGCUAUUUAUGCGCAACAUACUGAUGUAGAAUAAUAAAUAAGGCAGAGACAGAAGGACUGUAAUUUAUAAUGAACAUUAAUAAUGGUCUAUUGUUCCUGGACAAAAAACUAAUCCUAAAUGACUAAAAAUCUAUUAGUACUAUUUACAACAUGAGCGGCCGUGUUGUAUUGGAUAUACAAACUCGAGCCGAAGGCGAGAGUUUGUAUAUCCGAUACAACACGGACGCGAAUGUUGUAAAUGGAUUAAAAAACUACUAAUCUCAUGAGUUCAUUGGCGAAGUAAUUUUAAAAUAAACGUUCUCUAAGCCGAGAAAAUCAAAGUUAAAGUUUGUGUAAGUCAACAUGAAUUUGUAUCACAUAUACAGAUACGACACGCUUAUGAUUUUUCUUUGUGUUUUCUUCAUGAAUUAUUAAUGAGUUUUUUAAUAAAGUUCACUAUCUGAAAGUUAAAACAUCAGGUCUGCGAGUUCAGAACUUUCUUCUUGUGAAUUGAGUUCUGGUCUUUCUUUCCUAAUAAAAUAGGCUCUAGCUAUUAUAGAAACUUUAUGUCACUUGUGUCAGGAUUGUGGCUUCCUGUUAGAUGUUAGAUGUUGGAAGACAGAAGACUCUGUUUUGUCCAUGUGCUCUUAAACUCUAUCGUCUAAUUUCCUGAUGGUACUACCAAUGUAUGUUCUAUGACAUAUAGAUUGCACGUGAUGCGAUAUACCACUCCGCGUGAACUGCACAUAUUGCCAUUUAUGAUGGGGCAACCGUCUCUGUUGCAAUCUUCUCGUUUGCGUCUGGGGCGAGUAUUGUCGAAGUGUAGUAGACUUAUGUACAAUGCAUAUUGGAAUUUCUUCCUGCUUGAAAAGUCUUUUAAUUUUGCGGUCUACUGCGUCAGAAGCAUAUGGGAUACGAAAAUAUAGCCAAUUCGGGGCAAUGCUGGUUUCGUGCAUGAGUGUGUUCGGUUGUGUUUCUUAUUUUUGGUUGCUCAAUUGCUCGCUGAGGGUAUUUAUUGGUACGAAGCACCUUGUCAAAUUGGUUGCUGUGUUUCCGUCUCGACUGUUCAGAGCUGCGUCGAUCAUAGAUUCUUUUUCUUUCGCUACUGACAAUAUUAAUCUUGUUCGACUUAGGGAGAUCCGUCUCGUAAUCUUAUUGCCGUGAUUAGUUAUGGUGACGUUGAAAUCAAGUAAGGAUAUAGACCAACCAUCUUCAUUUCGGGUGGGUUUCUCCAUUUAAAAUUUAACCCGGGAGUGUUGGUCGUUCAUGUUGAUAUAAAAUUCUUCAGCACUAAAAUUCUUCAGUUCGUCUUUAGCUUGGGAGUAAGAAUCGUCCACAUACUAUUUGUACAAGCCGAUUGGUUGAUAUCCAGUUAAGGCUUUUCUCUCGAUCGUGUCCAUGAAUACUAUCUCCAAAAGUCCUGAUAGACUAGAACGCAUUUGCACCACACAACAAGCAAUGCAUAACUUUCGGAACUCUCACAUAUCUAGUUCCCACAGUUAUGGUAAUAAAGUAUAAAUAUAGAAUGGAACACAAGAAGUGGGUAUAGCGACGGAAAUAUAAACAUGCGUUAGUUUUAUUCAACGUUAAGUCCCUUGAACGAACCUGCACUUGGCCACUCUGUCCUUGUUUAGUUAUUCUUCCAAAAUGCCCAAUUUGAUAAUUUUUUAUCUUAACUAUAUUUCUCAUUCAGGUGAGCCAGUGACCUUAAUGUGUGGCGAUGAAGAAAAUCUCGAAAUUAUGUGGUACAACUCCAAACAGUCUGGUAGUGUUGGUCAAAGUAGGGAACUAGAUUUAUCCAAUAUCAAACUGCCUGGUGGUGACCUGAGAUAUGCGGCAGAAUAUUGGUGUGUUGCUAAGAAUUCAGAUGGUUCUGGACGAAGCCAGAACGUUGCAGUACAUAUACUAUCACCAGGUAACUCUGCUUUGGUUAAUGGUAGGGUUGGUUUCAGUAGGCGAUAAAGUGCAGUAGAUGGUCAUCAACUUCAGAAAUGUUGACGGGUUCUAGCAGCAAAUUAAACUAAAUCUCUCAAAUGAAUUCGAUCUAUUUGGCACCAAAUACAAGACGAAUACAUAUCAUGAAGAGAAUAACAAUAUAUUCUUUUUCUCAUAUACUUCCGGUUAACGAUAGUGCUUAGUGGCUAUAUUCUUAGUAAUUAUAUUCUGCCUUUGACUAUAUUCUUCUUUUUAGAUUUUGAUGAGUUUUGCUUCGAAGAUAAUGACAGUGGUUAUACUUGGGAAAAGACACCAGUUGACGUUUCAGUGAUUGAGUAUUGUCCUACAAAGAAAGGUACAGCUUGUUAA